ACUCAUCUCUAUUGGUGUUCUUUCUCGUAACGUGUCAUAAACAGUGAACUCCGGAUGGUGCAAAGUAACAUGGAUGCAACUGAUAAAAACAAAAGCCACUGAAGACACAAGUGACUUUAAGUGACUUUGUUCGCUAAACGGCGAAGAGACAAUGGAGAACGUUCAAAACCUUCCCAUCGACAUACAGACCAGCAAGCUGCUGGACUGGCUAGUGGAUCGGCGGCACUGUAAUUUGAAAUGGCAGAAUGCAGUCAAAUCAAUUAGAGAGAAGAUAAAUGCUGCCAUCCAGGACAUGCCAGAGAAUGAGGAGAUCAAGCAGCUCCUCUCUGGAUCCUACAUUCACUACUUUCACUGCCUGAGGAUUGUGGAAAUACUAAAGGGAACAGAAGCUUCCUCCAAGAACAUCUUUGGCAGAUAUUCAUCUCAGAGGAUGAAGGAUUGGCAGGAGAUUGUGUCUCUUUAUGAAACAGAUAAUGUCUAUUUGGUGGAGGUGGCCAGCUUGCUAAGUCGUAAUGUAAGCUAUGAAGGCCCAGCUCUGAGGAAGCAGCUGGCCAAAACCCAGCAGAUGCAGCAGGAUCUGAGCAGGCGAGAAGUGGAGUGUCAGAGGUCAGCUGCAGAUCUGAGGGAGCGGUACUAUGUAGCAUGUAAACAGUACGGUGUCAAAGGAGAUAAUGUGGCUCGUGAGCUUCAGGCGCUGGUAAAGGAUUUACCCAUUGUACUUGAGGAAGUUGGUAAAGAUACAGCAAAACUAAACGAACAAAUCCAACUUUACUCCACUUUCACAAACUUUGUGUGUGAAUGGUCUGAGCCAGUCUUGCCAUUGCUGACAUUUGUCCAGAAGAAUGGAAACACAACGUAUUAUGAGUGGAGAACAGGGAAAGUUCCCACAGUUGUUGAGAGGCCAGUCGUGGAGGAUGCACCUCCUGAAACAAUCACAGAGGACACGAUUGACUGGGGUGACUUCGGCAACGAGACAGAUGCUUCGGGUGUUAGUUCUGCCAUUACAGUUAAAGAUGAUAUAGACUGGGGAAUCAGUCUGGAGCCAAAGUCAGAGCAGGACACUGAUGCAGGUGGCAUUGACUGGGGAGACAGUGAAGCCAUUCCCAUAGAAAUUGAGAUUGUUGAUGCAGGCACUGAUUGUCCAGAGGGUGUGGCAAGAGGUGAGGAUGCGUUAACCAUAAUGGAGAACUCUCAGUCACGCAGCCAGUUCAUCGAUGAGCUAAUGGAGCUUGACGUGUUUCUUACCCAACGUCUGAGUGAGAUGGGACAAGAGGAUGAUAUAGUAUCUAUGAGCCAGUUUCAGCUGGCCCCCUCCAUCAUCCAGAGCCAAACCAGAGAACGUAUCCAGGAGAUGCUCUCAGUGGUACAGGACCUUGAAGGACGGCUCACCUCUCUCCGGAUGCAGCACCUGUUUAUGAUCCAGGCUUCGCCACGGUACGUUGAACGUGUGUCAGAGAUGCUCAGACAGAGGCUGAAGCAGGCAGACAUUCUGUUGCUGAAAGCUGCCACGAUGGCUGAGAAGAGGCAGGAAGCUUUAGAGGAGCAGGCGAGACUGGAGCCUCGAAUUGACCUGCUGGCAGGAUGCACACGGGAACUCCAGAAAUUGAUUGAAGCAGACAUUUCAAAGCGGUACAACAACAGGCCUGUCAACCUGAUGGGAGUUAAUGUAUAGUGAUCGUCCCAGGUUUUCAAAGAUAUUCUGUCAUGAGCUAAAAGGAAAAAUAAGUGUUAUUUAAUUUAAAGGCAUUUUAAAUUUGUUUUCAUUUUCUAAAUAAAAAAAAACAAUUGCCAUUGUAUAAAUCAUUUACAGGUUCAUAUACAUCAAUAAAUCACAGUUGCCAAAAAACA